AUGUUACUCACUGCUCGGCUUCCCGCUCGCGACAGUGGAUUGACCACUAUCUCAGUGAAUCCAGAGUCAACGGUAUGGGCAGGCUCUCUCUGCGAGUGGCUCGGAGAGGCUGAAACACCCGACGCAGCGCUCCAGAUCCUGCAGAAGAGUAGUUUCGAGACAAUUGUGCUGGCGAUAAGGUCAAGCUUCAAUUCGGGAGGGAUGCCGACAAUACCCGACAAGAUUGCUUGGACGAUGUACCAGAAGGUCGCAGAAGUCAAGAACCAUCCGGAGAAGCUGUCUGACCUAUGGGGACACAUUUCUAAGCUCUUGAAAAAGGUACCAGAAGACAUUAUGUGCAUAAUCAUGUUCUUCCUCACCAUUGCGCGGAGGUUGCAGAGCAGAGGUGUCACCAUCGAGGAUCGACCGCCUGCCGUGUUCCUCCUGAAGGACUUCUUCCCUCGCUAUGUUGGGGAAGACAUGUCGAAAUUAUUACUCAAGAACUUCGAGCAUAUUCCGCCCGAUCUACCUUUGACUCUGAGGGCUGUCAACUACAAGCUAGGAAGCCGUCGGUGUAACGUGCUUGCCCUCGUCUCUAGCCAAAAGAUUGUCCCAGCGAGUGGCGCUCGAGAGAUUCGAGCCCCUGAGGAAAGACAACCAGAAUGGUAG